GAGCAGCUCGGCUUGGCUGCAAGAUCUUACAGUUUGAUGCUAGCAAGAGCUGAGUCAGUGAAGGUCUCCGACGAUGUUUUUGCCUAUAGGGCCCGGAGGGCUGGUCUCCAAAGACUGGGAGGAGUUGGAUGCCAACGCUUGUGGCAUGCUUGAAGAUGUUUGGAAUGAGUUUCGAGCUGAUGCUGGGACAGCAGCAGAGGAGGUGCAGGCGGCACUGGCUGAGACCAAUGCAACGCAUACCAUGAAGGUGUUUAGCUCUGACCUGGAGCGCCAGGCUGCAUUGGCUGAAGCAGCUAGGCGCCAGGCGGCCUUUCAAGAGGAGUUGCAGAAACAGCGGCAGAAGCUCCAGAAGCGAAGCAAGGUAAAGUCGGCACCUGUAGAGCUCGGAAGGCUGUUGGAAGACGAGGCCACAGCGCAGGCAUUGAAGCUUGAUAGGGAGGCAGCUAUGGCGGAGUGCCGUGAGUUCUUGGCCAGCGGGGCAGACAGUGACAAGUGGGAAGAGCUCUUAAAGGGCUGGGAAGCUAUGAAGGAAGACAUUGCAGAGGUGUCCAACCAGGAUUUCGAGGCAAAGGAGAAAGCCAGCGUGUGGGCAUCAGCGGCUAAAAUGGAGGAUGUGAACCAUGACGAGCAACUUGCCUUGCUCGAGGAGGCGGCAAGACGCGUGGCAGUCUUUGAUGAGGAGCUGCAGAAGCAACGGCAGCAGAUGAAGAAACGGCGGAAAGUUUUGCAGAAGCAGGGAGGUCCUGAACAGGUGCCGGACCCACUAGAUGCUUGCAGAACGAUGGCAGAUCAAGAAGUCUUGACGAAGCUGACCAGGGAGCAGGCAGAAGCACAGGCUCAAUGUCAGGCCAUGGCUGCUGGCAAUGGCAUGUUGGAUGCCUGGGAGCAACUGGGCUCAGCGUGGGCACAGAUGCAGAUUCUUGGCAAGCGUUUGAUGCCGACUACGUUGCAUAACUGA